UCCACUACUUUAAAAAUAUUUAUUUUAAUUACGCCAAAUAGAACCAUCAACUAAAUGUUUUCUCUCAUUAAUUCAACCUUUAAAAAAAUAGAUUUAGUAGGUAGAAAACGUCAGUAUACUUUCCAUAGCCAGCAUUAUCACACAUGAUAUUCACUUCCUAUGCAAAAUUUAAGAUCUUUCUUCUGACGGUUUUCAAAGUUAGUCAAUAAUUUGCCCCACAAAGUAAUGCAUGUAUCUGAGGAUGACCUGUUUUGCUUCAUGUCCCAAGGGUCUUAUUUGUGGAAUAAUUACAGGGCAGUGUCAAAUAAAAGAAAGAUGCCAUCGAGUAAAUAUAGAAUCUUUUAAGUAGAAGUCAUUCAAAAUUCACGGAAUAAUAAUGAAAUAUUAGCACUGUCCUCUCCCUUCUGUUCAACCACAUCUUUUGCUCCACAUCUGGAGCUCAGAGAUGUUACUUGAGGAUCUUGCCUGAAGUCCUACCAGUCAGAACACCUGGAAUUAAACUCCGUUCCUUCCUUACUCUAUUUUGGCAAAGUACUUAAUGUCUUUUCUUGAAUGGUUAGUCUUUGCUUGUAACAGCAGCAAUGCCCAGGUGGACUGUACAAAAGAACAUUUCUAUACUCCCUGGUUCUAAAAGCAUAAAAUACUGUGCACCUGGAUGAUCUCCUCAACUUUUAGAGCCAACUCUACUCUUUUAAUCAUGACUUAUAAGCUACAUUUAGCAUCUAUAUCUCUACAGGCUGUACAGGUAUAGGAAAAUGGCAUUCAAAGAUCAUGUGAUGUUAGAUUAUUCACCGCCCUACAACUUGUUUAGCUCUCAACCUAAAUGAAAAGCAUCUUUAUCACUAUUGUGACUCCAGAAACAACAAAAUGGGCUGAGAAUUGGAAAUCACAUAUGAAUGAAGUAACCUCACAAAAAAUUGUCUCAUCUUUUCUACUAGUAACAAACUAAUGUGGAUUAUGUGGGUUUUAUGGUGCAUUAAUUAUGGAGAUAUUUGAGAAGAGAUAAGAAAAGUGAAUGUUGACUUAUAUUUCAGGGCCAUCAAGAAAUGGGGACCUGGAUUUUGUUUGCCAGCCUCCUGGGAGCAGCCUUUGCUAUGCCCCUACCACCUCAUCCUGGGCACCCUGGUUAUAUCAACUUCAGCUAUGAGGUGCUUACCCCUCUGAAGUGGUACCAGAGCUUGAUCAGGCAGCCGUACACUUCCUAUGGUUACGAACCCAUGGGUGGAUGGCUGCACCACCAAAUCAUCCCCGUGCUGUCCCAGCAGAAUCCCUCAAAUCACGCCUUGCAGCCUCAUCACCAUAUCCCCAUGGUGUCGGCUCAGCACCCUGUGGUCCCCCAGCAACCAAUGAUGCCACUUCCUGGCCAACACUCCAUGGUUCCAACCCAACACCACCAGCCAAACCUCCCUCCGCCUGUCCAGCAGCCCUUCCACCCCCAGCCUGUCCAGCCGCAGCCUCACCAGCCCAUCCAGCCUCAGCCACCUCUGCACCCCAUCCAGCCCCUGCCGCCACAGCCACCUCUGCCUCCGAUAUUCCCCUUGCAGCCCUUGCCCCCUAUGCUUCCUGACCUGCCUCUGGAAGCUUGGCCAGCAACAGACAAGACCAAGCGGGAGGAAGUGGUGAGUAUACCCUGAAGCCACUACACCACCUGUGAAAAUGGUAAAGCAAAAUUCGUCCCCAGAGUUCUAAGUUCUCAAACAAUCUGGAAUCUAGAGUUUCAGUAGCUACAAGUCAAUGACUCUAUUAGUCCAAGCAUGUAUUGUAAUUUUACAUUAUGAAUGAGCUUAUCUACAUGGCUUAGUAAUUAAGACCAUCGCUUUUAUGGUGGGUUUAAAUUCUACAAUUAUUUUCAAUUCCUACCAGAACAUAUAUUACUGAAAUCCAUUAAUUUUAAGGACAACAAUAUAAGGGAAUAUCAGUUCUUAUCUUUCAAGGGUUUGACUAGCAAGAAUAGGCUAGAAUUGCACUGAAGAUAUAAAGGGGUAAUUUUUGAAAGUGAGGGGAUGCAAAUAUUCAAAAGGCUACAAAAGGUAAGUGGAAAAUCUCUUUAAAGACCUAAAGGAAGAUUAUCUAUCUAAAGUGGUUUUUAAUCUAACUUGGAAGAAGCUGAACUAGACAGACUGUUAGAUUCCUUUUCAGUGCUGGGAUUCUAUAUGUUAAGCUUUUAGCAAGAAGUUUUCACAAUUAAACACAAAAUUUUCUUCCAUUACAGAAAGUUCUGCCAAAUGAGUGGGAAAUAGCCAAUAAAAUAAAUGACCCUUAUCCAUAUCCAUAAACACUUCUGUGUAUAUAGGAUUGUGUAAUUCUACAUAUGUAUGUAUCCAAAUGUAAUUCCAAGUUAUAAAUGCUACUGAUGAUUUUCUACUGAGAAGCAGUGAGGGGUGACGUGGAAGUGACCUAGCUGGGGAGCCAGGAUACCUGGGUUCCAGUUCUGGCUUUGCUCCCAAAAAGGAGAUGGUAUUGUACAAGUUACUUAAAAUUUAUGAGUGUUUUCCCUUCUUUAAAAUGAAAGUGACUAAAUCAAAUAAUUUCAAGCCUCUGUCCAAGUACAAAUACCAUAGUUUCCCAAUAAAAAAUUAUAAUAUAUGCAAUAUAUGGCUUCACAAUUAUGAGCAUACUUGUAGAGAAUAUGGGACAGAAUUUUUGAAAAUUGAUUGUAUCUCAAAUACUCUGGUGCCUAUUGUCGAUUAUUCUGGUCUAAGGUACAUGUUCCCUCUUUGUAUAGAAAAUGCAUUUAUUUGCCUCUUUAUUAAUAAUUAAGGCCACGAACUUUAUAAUGUGUUCACACCUUGCCAGAGCUAUUUAUGGAAAGGUGACUUCAGGCAGGUAGUUUGAACUCUUUAAAACUCCUGUGUAAAAUUAGAGUAUAAAUAUUGACAGCUUCUUAGAGUUGUUUUAUGGAAAAUAAAGUGAUGAACGUAGAGCCUGGCAUGCAGGAUGUAUUCAAUAAAAGGUAGCAACUGUUAUUUUAUUAUUAAUAAUAGUUUUAAGUGUCCUGAAGGCAGGAGUCUCCUUCCUCCUCAUGGACACCUCAUAACUAAUGACAAUGAGAUAACAAAGAAACUUUGAAAAUUAUGCAGUUCAACUUAAAUGGUUGUACAUCGUUUUGGCAAAACUGAAGCCAUAUGUGUUAUUGUAAAUGGUACUCACUAGGAAUAUUUGUAAAUUACUUUAAUUGUUCCUUUUGCUAUUUUUUUUUCAGGAUUAAAAGAUCAGAAACUGAGAAGAGAACUGAAGCAGAUACUUCAGUUGCUUUCAGAAUGACACAAGAACACAAUGAUUUGUGCCUAUCAUCACUUAGUAAAUUCUGUGACUAAAAAUAAGUACCAUUAGCAAACAAUAAAAUGUUUUUAAAAAUCAUUUAUGUCUUUGUGUUGAAUUAAACUUAAAAUUUCACAUCACUUGAGAGAACAUAUUAUAAAUGGCCAUUCUUGAAUAAGAUAGGGACUGCUCAUUUACACCCAUAAAUUGAACAUUCUGUAGGCAAAUGGGGACAUUUGGAAAUGUAUAAAAGGAAAUAUAUUCCUUUUCGAAAAAAUGUUAAUUAUACUAUCUCAAGUCUUUGAAAAAACAGGAGUUUAUAUAGUAGUUAAAAUAGUUGGUAAAGUGAAAAAUUAUGAAUGCUUACGGUCACUAAGCUCGAACCAAAUGAAGGGAAGUUUAUAUGAAGAAUUCUUUACAUUGAAAAAGAAAAGCUCUUGAGAAAUGUUCAUAUUACAAAACAAAUUAAGACUUGGAACACUGGCUUUACAUUUCACACCACAUUAGUAACCAAAAUCUGGUAUUUUCAUUCCAUUCUACUGAAAAAGAUUUCUUUAACGAAAGUUAUGUGGUAUGUAUAAUAAUGUACUGAAUUUUAAAUUGUUGAGAUAGUUUUCCUAAGAAAACUUUUAUUAAAUGUAGCUUCAGAGAAUCACAGUGAUUUUUUAUACAUUUCUUUCACUUCAUAAUCUUUAAGAUGAUAAAUUCUACUGUAUAGUCUUCAAAAUGUUAACAGAUGCAUAAAAUGGAUGAAAUACAAAUUUUCUUCCCCACUCCUAUUUAUAUUUGAGUCCUUUCUUCCUCCUACACCCACACAGAAUUGUAAACAGUCUUUUAAGGGUUUAUAUUACACACCACCCACAGUAACUUUAUUCCAGUACCUUUAUGAUUAAAGCCCCUUAAUCAUUUUCUGGAAUGAAUAAACAUAACUUUACUGGGAGGGUGUUGAUAUUCAAACAAAUAAUUUGAUUCUUAAAAAUUUAAAUUCAAUUAAAAAAGUAAGAAAGCUUUUAAUCAACUGACAUGGGUCAAUUCUAAUCAAUUUAUUAAAUAUUUAUUAAUCACCCUCUAGGGCGAUGUCCUGGUAAAAAUAGUAAGUUCUCACCCUUAAGGAAUCUAGAAUCUACCAAAGGUAUAAAAUAAGCUCAAAACUAAUGAUAAGAGAAGGUCUAAUAGUAUUAACACUAUGACAGAUCUAUUGUCAAAAUAUUCUGGCAAUAUGGCAGACAUCAUUAGCUAGCUGUCCAACAGCUUUCCUCACCAUUCAUUCCUUGUUGGCAGAACUGGAAUUAAUGUCAGCGUCUGACUUUCCAUGAGCUCAGGGGAGAUGAGCCGCCUCCCCUGUUCCAGGGACUUAAUGCCCACUCCUCCAUGCUAAUUACGGCAUCGAUUACCAUAACAUACCAUAUCCUUACCAAAUAUGGCAUCUAUUCCCCUUGCCAGUGAUUGGUUUAGGAUGGGUUGUAGUGGAAACUGAACAAUGAAUGAAACCAAAAGGGAAGUCUGCUGGGAGAGGAGGAGCUUCUGGGGGAAAAGAUUACCCUCUAAUUAAAAAAAAUAUAUACAUGCUAGGAAAAAGUGCUGUUCUGUCUUUUUGUUUGAGGAUUUAUUUGUUUGAGGAUGUGAUGCCUGGAGCUGUGUCUGCCAUCUUGUGAUCAGGAGGGACAAGUGAAAAGCUGGAAAGACCCUAGGUGGUUUGUGGCAUCAUUGUGCCUCUGAAUUAACCAAGCCUGGAAACAUCUACCUCUAGAUGGAUGACACACUCUAUUUCUAUGCUAGUGUUUUUCAAUUGUGGGUCAUAACUGAUUAGCGGAUCAUGACAUCAACAUCAGGACCCCCAUAAUUUAUGUCAUGCCAGCAAAUUCUCUCUUCUAACGAUGUAAAGCUUAUAUGGCCAGGACUAAGGAGAAUCAUUUUGUUAAAUCAGUAAAAAAACAAAAGUAGAUUAUUUACAAAACUGUGCUAUGUCUUUGAAAUUAAGCUAAAGAGACAAACGAAGUUGAGUAAGUCACCUCAGGGGAACUCUCAUCUCACCAUAAACACUCCCAUGUCACUAGCAAAUUUGAAACCUGUUCUGUUCUCAUUCACUUUUUGUUGGUGAGGGCUUACAUAAGUAUAAUUUUUUCUGAGGUGCAAAUACACGUCUAGGAAUUACCCUAAGAGAGUCAUCAAAAUGCGUGGGAAGAUAUGUGCAAAGAUGUUGAUUAUAGCAUUAUAUACCAGUGAGAAACUGGGCCUCACUUAAAAUUUCUUAUAUCUAUUUGAAGGAAUACUGUGAUAAAAAGUAUGCUUUACAAGAAAACUUAUUAGUGGAGAAAACGUGACAAACUAAAAUUUAAGACCAAGACUGUAAAUUAUACAUGAAUAUUACACAUGACCAUAACAUGUAAAUAAUUUAAACACACACACAUAAAUGUGCAUAGAAAGAAACUAGGAAAGAGUCGUAGCUGUUUGUACAAAGAUCCAAGUUUUUCACAAUAACCAUAAAUUACUUCUGUAGUCAGAAACAAAUUUAAAUUUUUUAAAGUUUGUUCUCCCUUUCUUCUACUUCAAUCCAGACACACCCCCUUCCUUCAGUUCUCGUUGAUGGGAACUUUGGAUCUUAGUGGGUCCCCUUCAGGUAAAUUCCAAGUAGAAAUCAGUUCACAGCGAACUGAUUUUUCAGAGAAGUAUUUUGACCAAAGACGGGGAAAGGGAAAGGAGCAAUAAGCUUUAGCAGGAACAAAAAUUAGCAAUACAAUAAAACAAGAAAGAAGAGAUGACCAUUAUUUCUAACAACUGUAGAAGUGCCCUUCUUUUCCUCAGGUUGAAUCACACAUACCAAAAUGGUUUCCCCCCUACUUUUCUUUUAGAACAGACAAAUCCAGAGUUGAACCAAGUUAACUUUUCUGCUUGUAAGAGAAGCUAUUUUAGUUCCGAAGGAAUGGCCAUUUAUUUUCAGUCCUCUACCAGCCACAUCCACACUGGAGGUAGAAGGCUAGGGCUGCCCUUGACCUAGGGCCUCACUGGGAAUAGGCAAAAGUUUAAGCUCAUGGAAAGAUAAAAGAAAAAAACGCAAACUUUGUCUAUCCCUUAGAGUGGUUGACUGCCCGUAAACAUCAGAAAAUAUUUACAUUCUUUUCCAUUUUGUGGUUCAAACCAACAGCGCAACAUAGGACAAAUGGGUGCUCACACAUACACACACAUGCAUACUCUCCCACUGAGUUUACCUGUAAUAAAAGGACACGUGUGGAGACAUAUACCAUUUGAGUAACUUGAAAUGUUAAAUAAAACUUCUCUCCAUUCUAAUCAUUUAGAGACUAUAUGGCUAUUGUAUCAGUUAUCGUCACCAAGGCAUACUACAUUUCUUCCAGUAUAAAAUUUUAUCAAGGAAAAAAGGUCAAGUUGCUCAUUUUAUUUAUAAGCAAUGUCAAGUUGACCACCUCCUCUCCCAACUUCACGCAAAAUGAAAACACUGACUUUUCCCCUAAGUCUGAAGUUUGCCCCUUAGUAGUAAACAAUAGCUGAAAAUACCAAGAUUGAAUUUAAGGCCAAGACUUAACAAAGAAUAUAAAAUAGCAAACAAUUGUGUUAAUUUUAAACAAACACAGAGAUCAGUUAUGAACAGCUUAAUAUGGGAAUCAUAAGAGAAAAAAGAUUUCAACCAAUUUCCUACAUUUCCAGAACAUAGUGGCCUCUAGUUGUGUUCUGUAUUGCUUUAAUAAAAUAGUCAUCAGCCUAUGUUUGUUGUGAAAUUCUUGUUAAUUGGAGUUUUUACUUAUUGUUUUGUGAUUUGGCUUACAAUUCCUUUUGCCCCCAUUUGGCCUAGAGCCUUAUCAGCUGGGGUCAUUGGCCGAAAUUUAGUUACUCAAAAUACUUCCCUACUAGGAAGAAUUCAUCCCGGCCUCAUCUGAAACACCUGACUCUUCUAGAAGAUAAAACUUGAGGACUAAGAUUGGGCUGGAGUGAUGAGGAGUGAAGAGGUUGAGGAGAGAAGAAAGGAAUGGUUAUUUGGGCCCCAAAACAUUUGCCUUGAUAAAUCACGCCUGAAUAAUCUAUCAAAAAAAUCAAGAUCAGUAAAGCCCUCUUACAAAUAACAUUGCCCUAUGGUCAACAAAAAAAUAGCCCAAGGUCCAGCAUUUAUUUCAUUUUUAUUAAAAAAUGUUUUUAACAAUGUUAAAUAUCUUCCUCAGAACAGCCAAAUCUUGUUUUCCUCUUCAAAGAUUUCUCCAUGCUUCAAAUUUGUCUGUGGAAUGUGGGGGUUUGGGGUCAGUUAGGUGUCCACACAGGGCAAAGAUGGCUUCCCUGUGUGGUGUCGGGGUGCGCAGGUUCUGCAACCAGAUUCUCUGGGUUCAUAAUCAUGACCUUGGCCUAUCUGUUGUAGAAACUUGGACAAGUUUCUUAGCCUCUCUGUGCCUCAAUUUCCUCAUCUAUAAAAUGGACUAAUAUCCAUCUCUGAGUCCUUUCAUGUCAAUGGACCCUAAGUCCAAUAAAUGUUGGCUAUAAUCCUUUUUUUUAAAUGCUUUUUGGUGCAGAAGAUUGGGCCUGA